GGGAGGGGGAGGGGCAGGGGCGCGGGAGGUGGGGCCGCCGUCGCCGUCAAGGCCCCAGGGAGCGCGGGGCGCCGCCGCCGGCGCUCAUCGGCUGGGAUCCGUCUCCGAGGCUGCUGCGGGGCCGGCGGCCGCCGCGGCACAGCAGCAGGAGCCGCGGUCCGCAGAGAGUUGGGCAGGGGAGCGCCCGCGCCUCCGCGGCGUCAUGGGCCCCCUCGCCGGCCCACAGCGGGCACCAGCCGCAGGAACCCCCAGGCCUCCUCGCGGCCGAGCCUGAGUGACCCCCGGGUUCUCCGGCGCCCCCUCCCUCCGCCCUAUUUUUUUCCCUGCUCUCGCCGCCGCAGCCGCUUCAGCUCUCCGUUAUGGCAACGGAGCCGCCAUCCCCCCUCCGGCUCGAGGCGCCCGGCCCCCCAGAAAUGCGGACUUCACCGGCGAGCGAGGCCGCCCCCGAGGGCAGCCCGAAGUCGGCGGGCGGCAGGCUCCGCUUCCUCAACGGCUGCGUGCCCCUCUCGCAUCAGGUGGCCGGGCACAUGUACGGGAAGGACAAAGUAGGUAUACUACAACAUCCAGAUGGCACAGUUUUAAAACAGUUGCAGCCACCUCCAAGGGGUCCAAGAGAGCUGGAAUUCUAUAAUAUGGUUUAUGCUGCUGAUUGUACCGAUGGUGUCCUUCUAGAGCUACGAAAAUAUUUGCCAAAAUACUAUGGCACCUGGUCACCUCCCACUGCUCCAAAUGAUUUAUAUCUAAAACUGGAAGAUGUGACCCAUAAAUUUAAUAAGCCCUGUAUAAUGGAUGUAAAGAUAGGGCGAAAAAGCUAUGAUCCUUUUGCUUCAUCUGAGAAGAUUCAGCAACAGGUCAGCAAGUAUCCAUUAAUGGAAGAGAUUGGGUUCUUGGUGCUUGGCAUGAGGGUUUAUCAUGUUCAUUCUGAUAGCUAUGAGACACAAAACCAGCACUAUGGAAGAAGCUUAACGAAAGAAACUCUAAAGGAUGGAGUCUCCCGUUUUUUUCAUAAUGGAUUCGGCUUAAGAAAAGAUGCUAUUGCUGCCAGUAUUCAGAAGAUUGAGAAUAUUUUACAGUGGUUUGAAAGCCAGAAGCAGCUUAACUUUUAUGCAAGUUCAUUACUGUUUGUUUAUGAAGGUUCAUCUCCGCCAACUAUUACAAAAUCGAAUGACAGAACUUUGGCAGAAAAGUUUUUGUCCAAAAGACAACUCUCAGACACAGAUGUACUGGAGUACAAUAAUAACUUUCACGUGUUAAGUUCCACAGCAAAUGGAAAAAUAGAGGCUUCAGUGGGCAAAAGCUUGUCCAAAAUGUAUGCUCGUCACAGAAAAAUGUAUUCAAAAAAGCAUCACAGUCAGUCUUCGCUGAAAGUUGAAAAUAUAGAGCAAGACAAUGGGUGGAAAAGCAUGUCACAGGAACAUUUAAACGGAAAUGUACUUUCCCAACUGGAAAAAGUUUUCUACCAUCUUCCCACUGGUUGCCAAGAGAUUGCAGAAGUAGAAGUGCGAAUGAUAGACUUUGCUCACGUGUUCCCUAGCAACACAGUAGAUGAGGGAUAUGUUUAUGGGCUGAAGCACUUAAUUACUGUGCUGCAAAGUAUUUUAGAUAAUUGAGUCCUUUGAUGCUGUCUUUUUAAGGGGUGGGGCAAUCACAAUGAAGAGCAGCGGUUAAUAUCUCUGCACUUAUAAUGCUAUGUAAAAAAUUUGUAUUUUGAGUCUACAUUUUAUUUGUCUUUAUACUUCUGGUAGAGGGAUUAACUUUUUUAUACUCUUACUCAGGAAGACUAAUUAUUUGUUCAUUAGAAGACUAUGAAGAAUGAAAAAACUUAGGAAUGUUAAGCAGGGAAUGUGGUGGUACGUGGCUUAAAAAAUGGCUCCAGCAAAAUGCAAACCAUUAUUCAGUCAUUACGAGUUUAGUUAAGCUUUCUGUAGCCAGUUCAUCAUGAAAUCUCUGUCCACCCAACCUUGACAAUGAGCCAUAUCUAAACUCAUUACAUUAUUAGAACAUUUUCAAAAAUCUGGAAAGCACAGGUUGAUAUCCUUAGUAUUGCUGUGUAUGAAGUUAGUAAAACUGGAGAAAAUUCUACAGAAAUAAGUACUGUUUAAGUUUUGUAGUUCAGACCAGUGUAUCAAAAGGUGCUUUUUAGUAAAAUGAUUUAGAAUUACUGCAUUCCAAAAGCAGAUUUUGUCUUUAAUUUCCAUUUAUAUACAAAUUUCAAAUUAUCACAUGCUAUGAAAAAGAUAAUUGAAAUGGACAACAACAACAAAAGUCUUGAAAUUAAGCGCACUAAUAAUCAUUCUUGUCAGAGUCAGGAAAAGAGAGAAGCUAUUUGCAAGGGACAAGAUGUUUUUCUUUUAAAAUUUCAUUUAUGGGAAAAUUGAAAUAUAUAAACUUGAAAUAUACAUUGUGACAAGUAUAAACCAUGUAAUACUUUUUACUCUAAUUUGCAGCUUCAAAAAGGUGGAUGAUUUUCCCUUUAAUUAACUCUUUAUUUUCCCUUUAAAUAACUCUUAAGAAUUUUUUCUUCUACAAUUCAUGUAUUUAUACUUCCCAGUUUAGUUAAGCAGGGGUAUGAAUAUAUGUUGCUAAAAACUGUUUCUCAAAAUUCUAAUAAGUAGUGAAGGACGACACCCAGUAUUGUGUUCCCAAAAUUACUGUAUGUAAAUUAGUGCAAUGUGUAGAGUUUGGUGAUACCUAAAUUUAUGCUUCUGUUUCAUUCUUGCUCAAAACAGUUUUAUAUCAUAUUCAAGACAGAAAUUAUAAUUUAAUUUCACAGAGUUGGGAUGGGCAGUGCUAUUUUUCUUGGAAAUACAAGAUUUGUAUUAUCUCUGUUUUGCAUCCACCACCUUUUAAAAAUUAACUACUUACAUGUUAUUGAAAACAUUUAAAACUUUGAAAUUAAAUGUGCAAAUAUGUUAAAUGUUUAUAUUUUCAUUACUUGUACUUUGAUUCACUAAUGAAAGGUCUAAUAAGUAGUUAACAUUUUUGCCAUAUUCCUGGAAAAUGUUUUAGAGCUGUGAACUAUUAGACUUUCCCCCCUAGAAUUACAAAGUAAACUUUUUAAUUCAAGCACCGUUUUUUUUUUAUAUGAAGGAAAAUAUCACAAUUUUAUGGUUAUCUCACCUUCCCAGUCCUCUCUGAGUGUACUUUGCAAAUAGCUGAGCACAAAGAAGUACCAAGUACUCUAUGAAUUCCAUGCUUAGUAAAUUUAUUAAACCUGAAUACAUUUAAAAUUCAUAUGCAUUUGUUAUGGCAAAAUUUGAUUAUUUUUCAUUUUUAAUUUAGACUCAGUGCAGGUAUCUUUCAUAGGGACUUUAUAUUUUCUGUACUGCCUAAAUGGGUAUUGGCUGUAGCUUUUUUUUUGUGGGGAUGAAUUUCAAGUCACAGUUAAUAGUGAGAAAUUUUUUAGUUUUACUUUUUUUCUCCUCCAAUGUAGACUUUUGUUGUUGUUGUUAUUUGGAUAGUGCUUAAAUAGAUCUUAAGCUCAGAUAAUUAAAUACUAUUUUGAAUCAUAACAAAACAAGGCUUUUUUGGUGUGGGAUGGUAUCAGCCUAUAUAAUAUAUACAAUGAAUUUAACAAAUUUAAGUAUUGUCAAAUUUUUUUGCACAUUGUAGCUCAAUAAAGGGUGAAUCAAUUGUUCCAGAUUUUCUUUAUCCAUAUUUGGAAGUACAGCUUUGUAAAAUCAGUGUCUUACUUUUUUGAUACAAUAGAUGAUGUUUUUUAAUAAAACAAGAAGCGAUUUUAUCUUUUGUUUUUCAGGGAAGGGAUUAACAUUUAAUUCUAUUUGUUUACAUUUUAUCACUCUUAUCCAGUGCCCACUUUAUGUUGCUUUGUAAGUAAGCUUACAUGUAACAGAGCAGGUGUCCAUGUUGUUCACAUGUGACCAUUCUACUGUCUAGUCCAGUUAUUUAACAUUAUGCUGAAAUUUACCACUGUGGGGACAAAUGAUCACUAUUCACCAAGCAUAUGUAAGCAUGUAAAUGGUUAAGAAAUAAUAAGGAUAUUGUUUGGGUUAAUAGGAUUAUCAUAAUUCCCCCCACCUCCGGCCCCAGCAAACAUAAAUAAUGAUUUUAGUGUGUUUCUCACGGAAUGCACUCAUGAAAAGGACUAAGAAACUGUGGAUAGUGAAUAAUACAUUUCUCUAAUAAAAAUUUAAAUUGUGUAACAGUUUUAUAGUAAAGUAUUUACAUUAAUUGAUAUUUUAAUAUGGAUGGAAGUUGCGUAGAUUCAAAUAAAUUAAAAAUUGAUGAUAAAUGCUAAAUAUUUUAUCUAAAUAGUUUUUCAAGAAACAAUUGUGAAAGUGUGUAUAUUAAAUGACUAACAUGGAGUGUGCGGUGUUUUCAGCUCAGUAUUCGUUAUUCUUUGUUAACGUAUCUGGAAAGAUUGUGCUCACUACACUUCUUUACACUACAGUUUGCUAUUGUGGGGCUUUAGACUGUGUUCACCUGAAUGAGAAGUUUUCCCCUUAUUUUGGUUGAGUACAAUUUACUAUUUUAUGAUUUCCAAGAUGAUGUUCUUCAUAUCUCUAUGCUGUCUAUAUGUCAAAUUUAUAAUGUAACUUAAGAACAUAGAACUAAUUUUCAGAGAUAUUUCAGUUGCAGCUUUCUUGUUUCAUGCAACUGAAAAUGUGUUUGUUUUCUACGAUUUGGAAUAUUUUUUAAAAUGUAGGAUAAGAGAAAAUGAUGAAACAGUGAAAGAAUUUUUUUUUGUGAAAUUACAGAAAUUUUGUUCACUAUUUUAAAGCAUUGUCAUCAUUUUAGUGCCAUUUGUUCUUAGUAGUUUGGCAUUUGUUACGUUAAAACUUGAUUUGCUUUAAGAAUUGUUUACAGUGCUUUGUAAUAAUCUUCCUUAUCCAGUGCCUUUAACCUUUAUUUGAUACAUUUGUAGCCUUGGUUAUCCUUCCAUUACAUCCUGUAAUGUUUUCAUAGUCUAGACUUCAAUUUAAAAAAAAAGAAAAAAAGGUCAUUUUGUCAUGUGAAGAGGUAGUAAUUGUCUAUUAAUGCUUUAGGAAACAAGUAAUGUUGCCUCUGGAGGCCAGGCUUCUUAAUUCAUUCAAAAAUAUAAAUAUGCAAAGCAUUUUUAGUCCCUGAAUAUAUAGUUGUGAACCUAUCAGACAAAGGCCCAAACAUUUCCAGCAUUCUCUCUAGAUGGAGUGGGUUGGGGGCUUAAUUAAAAUAUGGAGAAAUGUUCAUUGAAAGAUAAAGUUAACGAGCAACAAGUUUGUGUAAAGAUAAAGUAAUAAUUGAGUUGAGGUGAAGCAACUAACAAUGUGUUUAAGAGGUUAAAAUAGUACUUUGCAGCAUUGUAACCUCUGUUUGAAAUUUGAGUUCAGGUAGUAGUUACAGAUAGCAUUAAAAGGCCUUAAUUUUUCACUUUUCUUGCUGGUAAAGGUACGUUUACUUAGACCGUUCAUUUAGAGUAGUGUUUUAACAUAACAUUACUGUGAAAAACAUUCCAUUACAUGUUCAUCAGCAAAUUACUGCACAUUUAAAAAUUGUAUUUUGCAAUUUAGUAGAACUAUUUUAGGCCUGAAACUUACUUUCAAAUCACUGGUAUUUUAAAUUUGGCAAUGAAUAUGAAAUUACUUUUUGAUUUACAGAAUGAUUGUAUUGUUACUUAAAAUGCUUGUUAAUACUUUAGGAAGGUUGGAGUCUCCAUUCCUUCGAAGUUAAUAUUUAAAUUCUUACUACUUAUUUUGAUAGUGUCUAGUAAGAGGAAAUAAUAUUCAUGCAAUUAGACAAAUUAGAAUAUACUUUAAAGUAUUUUAACUGUUAAAAUUUGUCAUCAUUGGGGUUAAAUUUUGGCCUGGUGUUCACUUACAAUAUAUAUUAACACGUUUGAUUAUGAAGUGAAAUAGUCUUAAGUAUGACGUAUGAUGCACCUGCAUAUAAAUGAAAACGGCGUGUGCACAAAGACACUUUACUAUGGGAGCUGAACUGGAAGAUAAAUGAAAGCAUGUGAAAUUGCACCUAAUUGUGUUGUUAGUGACUAUGCUAAAUUUAUUGUACUUGAUGAAUGAAUGUAUUUAGUCAAUGUUCCUUUGGUUUAAAUGUCUAAACAAUGUCUUUUUUUUUUUUCAAUGUAUUUGUAAUUUGUACUAUUGAUGGGGGGGUGUUGUAGGACUGCAGGGGUUGUUGUCAAUGUGUGAUUUGUGUUCUUAUUUUAUAGAAUCAUCCAAUGUGAUAUACCAAUUUUUAUAUAAGUGAUAUUUAGAUAAUUCUAAUAACUGUAUAUUUGACAACCCAUUAAAAUGUUUUGCAUUGGA